AUGCUGAAGUUUGUGGUAGCAGUUCUAGCCCUCGGUGCCGUGGUGAGCGCUGAGUUUGUGGUGCAGACGCGUGAAGAUCUGCUGAAGUAUCGUGCCGAGUGCGUCCAGUCGCUUGGCGUGUCGGACGAGCUGGUGGAGAAGUACAAGUCGUGGAACUUCCCGGAGGAUGACACCACGCAGUGCUACAUCAAGUGCAUCUUCAACAAGAUGCAGCUGUUCGACGACACCAACGGCCCGAUCGUUGACAACCUGGUGGUGCAGCUGGCCCACGGCCGGGACACCGAUGAGGUGCGCGCCGAGAUUGUCAAGUGUGCCGGCACCAACACCGACGGCAACGUGUGCCACUGGGCGUUCCGGGGCUUCCAGUGCUUCCAGAAGAACAACCUGUCGCUCAUCAAGGCGAGCGUCAAGAAGGACUGAGCG